AUGAGUCACCUUGGUUUUUCACUCUUUGGCAUCUCUAUCAAAAGGACUGCAGCUAUCACAGCCAGGUGGACUGGCUUAAGAAACAUUUCUUCUGGUGCAUUGUCUUUAAGCUGUUGUUUUUCUAAUUGUCCUAGCUCAUCAGCAGAUUUAAACCCUUUUCCAUUUCUACCGCUUGGGCCUCCAGAAAUCCCUCAUUCAACAGUUACUGCGAUUCCAAGUCUAGUUGAUGCCCAGGACUUUUUCUUUGAUGAAAACCGGGUUUCACUGGAAGUUGAAGCCGAUCCAUGUUUUCAAUUUUAUAAAGAGUUUAGAGAAAUGAAAUCAUUAGCUGGUCUUAUGCACUCUUUGGAGAUGUCUUGGUACCACUGUCCGCUUACCACCCUCAAACUCAUAUGCCUUUUGAGGAACACUAAUUAUUUGAGAAAUCAAAGAAGAGAGGAGUUCUAUUUUGCAGCUAUUUGGCUCCACCAUUACCACCCUAAAACGCUAGCAUGCAAUUUGAAGACAUUUGCCAAAUAUGCGUGUUUGAAAGACUUGCUGGAAAUCCUCUUACGGAUUGUCAAUGGCAGCACCAUGAAACUUGAAACUUAUGACACAAUCUACAGCAGGGAAGAACUUAUAAGGAGAGAGCGAAUGCUUAGAAGAAAGGCUGUGAAAUAUAAGACGAAUGCUGAGCAAGAGAAGGCUACAGAGAGAAAUGACAAAAUAAAUAGGAUGGCGAAAAACGCCAUUGAGAGGUACAAGUAUGAUCCAAAGUACCGUUUCUUAUAUGAUCGGAUUUCUGAUCUCUUUGUUGAGCUACUUAAGGCCGACCUUGAGCACUUGGAUUCUGGGCGGAUAGAAAAUAUUAGUUUGGCUUCAAAAUGGUGCCCUUCUCUUUACUCUUCUUAUGAUCGUUCAAUUUUAUUUUGUGAGAGUGUUGCUCGGAGGCUUUUCCCAUAUGAUUCUUGUCCUGAAUACAAAGGGAUUGAUGAGGAUCACUACGUUUACAGAGUCCGAAAUCGAUUACAGAAAGAAGUUCUUGUCCCACUUCGCAAAGCCCUGGAGUUACCAGAAAUUUAUAUGGGUGCCAAUCAAUGGAACUUGCUUCGAUAUGAUCGAAUCUCGUCUAUUGCGUUGAGAAAUUACAGGCAGGCAUUCUUUAAACAUGAUCGUGAAAGGUAUUUGCAGUACCUUCAAAAUGUGCAGGGCCCUGAAAUGCCAAAAACCACAGCCAAGGAUGAAGUAAUGAGGGAGAAUUUUGAAAGGAAUGGGCAUGUGAUGCCAGAAACUUUGCAUUGGGACGUUAGUAACCAUGGACCGCCUCCGCCAGUUCCAGCUGUGGUCUCACUUGAGGGUGGUCUAACACCCAUAAGUAGUCCCUCAAAGAAAAGUUUCAGAGUUUCAUUGGAGGGAGAUGGAACCCUGAAUUUGAGGGCUAUGAUGGAAUCGGAGAUUAGCAGUGUAGAUGACUCAGAACUUUUAGUGUACGAUUGA